GUUGCAGGUUGCAUUCCUACUACAGAAUGAGCAUCAUUACAACAGCGUGAAGGAUGGAAGGGAACAGCAGCGUUAUCACAUCGGCCAUUCUGGCAAUAGACUACAUCGAUUCUUUGCUCCCACAAAACCCCUUACAAGAGCCCUUUAAAUAUGCUUGGAACUACAUGUUGGACAAUUUUACAAAAUUUCAAAUUGCUACUUGGGGAUCGCUGCUUGUCCACGAAGGCGUUUAUUUCUUAUUUUGUUUGCCGGGUUUUAUUUUUCAGUUUAUUCCUGCCAUGCAGAAGUAUAAGAUACAGAAGGACAGACCAGAAAGCCUUGAGAAACAAUGGAGGUGCUUCAAAGUGUUGCUGUUCAACCAUUUCUGCAUCCAGCUGCCGCUGAUCUGUGGUACCUACUACUUCACUGAGUUCUUCAACAUUCCCUAUGAUUGGGAGAAGAUGCCACGAUGGCAGGUAAUUGCAAUGCAGUGCCUGGGUUGUGCUGUUGUUGAGGACACAUGGCACUACUUUCUUCACAGACUCUUGCAUCAUAAGAGAAUCUACAAAUAUAUUCACAAAGUCCAUCAUGAAUUUACGGCUCCAUUUGGUAUGCAAGCUGAAUAUGCUCACCCAGCAGAAACAAUCAUCCUCGGCACGGGCUUUUUUAUUGGCAUCAUGAUCUUUUGCAAUCAUGUCAUCCUCCUGUGGGCUUGGGUGACCUUUCGUCUCCUGGAAACAAUAGACGUACACAGCGGCUAUGAUGUUCCUUUGAAUCCUCUGCACCUUAUUCCAUUUUAUGGUGGAUCCUGUUUCCAUGACUUUCAUCACAUGAACUUUGUUGGGAACUAUUCCUCAACUUUCACUUGGUGGGACAAGCUGUUUCGAACAGAUUUACAGUUCCAGGUUUACAAUGACAAAAUGAAGAAUGAAAAAGAAAUUAAAAAGGACCAAUAGGAGACGCUUUAUACUGCCAUUUCAAAACACGUUUUUGCUAUUGUGCGGAAUCCCAAUCCCCAUCAAUUAAAUGGUUUCACAAAAUGGUACUUCAUGAAGCUAUGCAGCUCUAUGCUUCUACAUGGGGUUAAUUUUAAAAAAAUGACAAAUUCUGCAGCAGUUCGAUUAAUGGACCACCCGUGUUAAGUUUAUCAAACUAAAUGCCAAUGUUUUUCAUGAUCAAUCCUGAAUUUCCUACACCAAACACAAAGGCUAUUUGAAUUGAAUGUAAAAUUAUUCUAUUAAACUAAUCUAGCAGUUCUUUCUCAUAGUGAAUGAAACAUUUGUGAAAUACUGUGAUUACCCUUGUUACUGAAAUGUUCAUAUUAGUUAGCCCUAUUAAUUUUGUGAUGUAUAAUUGUGUACAGUAUCUCUAUCGUGUGUGAAUUGAUAAGUGCAAGAGCAUGUUUUGUCCUAAAGUGUACAUAUAUAAACUUCUGAGAGUUGCUGUGCUCAAAUAAUACUUUGAAGAAAUGGGCUGUGUAAUUUCAAAUAUCCUCAAAUUCCGUGUCUCAUUAUCCUACAUUUCAAACUUAACCCUUCUUCCUGCCUCAAACGCAAGAAGAAGAAGUGUUAAUUUUGAAAUGUAGGAUAAUGAGACACUUUAAAUCAAUAAUGACGUCUUUGGUUACGGUUCGAUAGUGCCAUCGAUUUUUCUAAAAAUCUUGUGAACAACAGCAGUAAUUGGACACCAGAUAUGCCAUUUGAUUCAAAAUCCCAGAUACAGACUGCCCCAUUCUUGAGAAUUGUGAGGGAACACAUUUAAUUAGAAGGAAUAUAUUGGAGGAAAGUCCACAACAUGGACUUGUAGCCCAGUUUUAAAGAAAGUGACAUAAAGUGCUGGAGAACAUGGAUAGAAACAUAGAAAUUAGGUGCAGGAGUAGGCCAUUCGGCAUUCGAGCCUGCACCGCCAUUCAAUAUGAUCAUGGCUGAUC